AUGCAAGCACUAAUCAUCUCUUGUGUUUUAAUUUUUGGUUUUGUUUCACCAUGUUUAUGUUUGAGGUGGAAUGUUGUUGGAACCAAAAACACUUAUGAUGUGAUGGCAUAUGGUGCUCAUGGUGAUGGCAAAUCAGAUGAUUCACAAGCAUUUUUAAGUGCAUGGAAAAAUACGUGUGAGGCUGAAGGUGCAUCAACUCUAGUUAUACCACGAGGAAAGGUAUUCAUGGUGAACAGCAUAACAUUAAUCGGUAAUUGCAAGGCCACAAGUAUUCACAUUCAGAUCUCACAAUUGAUUACCAUCUCAUAUGUAAACGGUCUUACAAUUGAUGGUGGAGGACUUAUCUAUGGCCAUGGUUCUGAUUGGUGGCUAUGCAGAACUUGCCCACGACCUAGACUCUUAGGUUUUCAUUCUUGCAAUAAUCUUAGAGUUAGUAACCUGAGCAUCACUAAUAGCCCAGGAGGUCACAUAUCCAUAAAUGGUUGCAAUGGUGCAACAUUCUCUCAUCUCAAUAUUCAUGCACCUCCUGACAGCCCCAACACUGAUGGAAUUGACAUUUCUGCUUCCAAAAAUGUCUUGAUAGAAGAUUCCGCUAUAGGAACUGGUGAUGAUUGUAUUGCCAUCAAUGGUGGUUGCUCUUACAUCAAUGCUACUAGGAUUGCUUGUGGACCAGGCCAUGGAAUAAGCAUUGGAAGCCUUGGAAGAAAUGGAAUUCAUGAGACAGUUGAAGAGGUUUAUGUGAAGAAUUGCAGCAUCAAUGGGACAACAAAUGGAGCAAGAAUCAAGACAUGUCCGGGUGGAUCAGGUUAUGCAAGGAAGAUCACUUUUGAGCAAAUCACACUUAUAAAGGCUCACAACCCCAUAUUAAUAGACCAGUACUAUAAUGACGUCGUGAAAGUGAGUGAAGUGACAUACCGUGGAUUCGAAGGAACUUCUGCUGAUGAACAAGCUAUUAACUUAAAUUGCAGCUCAUUAGGUUGUUUCAACCUUGUAUUGGAUCAAAUUAACAUUGUCUCUUCUCAGCCUGGGAAAAAGACAUAUGCUUCUUGCAACAAUGCCCAUGGAAUAGUUGGAUCUACUACUCCACGUGUCUCUUGCUUAUUGAAAUGA